AUGGCGUCUGCGGCGACUACACCCACGCCUACUGCCGGCAUGAAGCGGGGUCGGGAUCAGAACGACGAUGGGAGGGAGGUAGAUGGGCCGGGGGCAGCGGUGCGGUUGGAGAAGAAAGCACGCCCGUCUUCUGGGGACAGCGGGACAUGGCCGCAAGACUCCGUCCUCAACACACCGACAGCACCGCUAUCCCACUACACCUAUCAGAAGCCCAAGUACGACUCUGACGACCAGUCAUCUAUGAUGUCGGAACCUGGAAGCCCGCAGGACCUACCCAUGUCCGACACGGACUCUGAAAUGCUGGACGACACGGCCUUCUUCUCGCAGGCAUCCUCCAGCUUACCACCUCCCAGUCUGUCUAACACCAGCAGCAGUCCGUGGCGAUCCAGGAUGUCCCAGCAGCGUGUACCUACUCCCAUUAUCCCACCUUCACGUUCGAACGUCCGCUCUUCACAGGGGAUCGGGAGUCCUCGCCAGCAUGUCCGUCAAAGGCAUCCACAGGAAUACAGCAACAGCAUUGCUCCUUCCUCCGACCACCUGGAAGUCCCAUCUCCCAUCGACGAAGACGAAGUCGACACUCCUCCGUCAGCUGCCGAAGCGGCAGGGAGUCAGCUUAGUAUGCUGACUUUCAACGACAUGGAGGUGGAGACCGUGAACAACGUGCGCUUACCGUCCAUCUCAAUCGACCGCUCUGCUACGCUACCACUUCCGGACGAGGACGGAGGGGAGAUGGAGAUGGGUGAAGACGGACGAGAGUCGAGGCUGGUGGUCAGGAAGCAGAGGCAGCGCAGUGGAGCGUUGAGUAGUGGGCAGGGCUCGCCGGUGAGAUCGGAUCCGGCGGCGAAGCGGGGGCUGAGUAUGGGGUACAGGCAUGAUUGUGAGAAGUGUCGGACGAAGGUUGUUGGGCACUUCAACCAUUUUGUGAGUUGA